AUGACGCGGCUAAACCGUCGUCGGAAUGACGCGGCUUUGGGGUUGCUGGGCAACCUUCCUACUGCAGGGGAUAUGCUUACGUUGCGCUGGGUUGAAGAGCUGGCGCGUGAAGCACAAAUGUUUGCCAAUCAGUGUUCUCCACCAUACUUUCCAGAGGAAAAGGACCUGUGUCGGGAUUUAUAUUCAACCACAGUGGGCCAGAACGUAGCGUCAGUGGUAGGCGAGGCGCCCGGUCUGCGGGUCGAGUCCAUGGUCGACUUGUGGUACAUGCAGGGUAAACACUAUAGAGGCAACGUCACCGCGUUCGUAUCGUAA